AUGCAGAACAACCCCCAGGAGCUUUCAUGGCAGGCGAUCCAGACUAUUGUGGGGGUUAAGCUGCCACCAAAUGUGUUACGAUUCGACGAUAUUGGAUUCCAUUUAGUGAAUAAUUCGGCUUCCAGUGCCGAAGAUUCCGAUUCAGAUGUAGAAAUUGUUGAAAAUGAUUGGGAAUCCGAUAACAACGUAUCAUCGAAGCCUGAAAAUUCAGACAAUGAAAAGGCAUCACCAGAUAGAGAGCAGAGCGAAUCACCAGUUCUUCACCUUAUAGAACCUGAUAAUAACAAUUCUGAUAAAAACUCGCUAGAUUACAGAGACUAUUUAGUAAAAAUGGAUACCAAAGAUACAGACAGUGAUCAACUGGCACAGACUCAAAUUGAUGAUGCUGAUAGUUCUAAUGGAAAUGUUAUGUCGAUUGAGAAUUACUUAGAGGUCACUCUGUCAACUGACUCUGAGGCUAGUCAUACUUGUAGCCAAUGUAAUCAGAUAUUCUCCAGCUCUACUUCGAACCUAAAACGGAACACCUCCGGAGAUCGUACAGACCUAGACGUCAUUAGAGAAAACCACAAGUUUCUAUGGGAGGACGAUGACGUCGCCGAUACUUGGGAGAAGCAACUCGCCAAAAAGUAUUACGAUAAACUCUUCAAAGAGUAUUGCAUCUGCGAUUUAAGUAGAUAUAAAGAGAAUAAAGUCGCACUUCGUUGGCGUGUAGAAAAGGAAGUUGUCUUGGGCAAGGGCCAGUUCCAGUGUGGCGCGAAGCAGUGCAAUAGCGACCAGGGUCUCAAGUCGUGGGAAGUCAAUUUUGCCUACAUUGAAGAUAAAGAAAAGAAAAAUGCUCUCGUGAAACUUCGUUUGUGCCUCGAAUGCUCCGAAAAAUUAAAUUAUAAGUCGAAGAAACGCGAAGUAAAGAGACUUAAGAAGAAUCUGAAAAAGAAAAAGAGGAUAGAAAGUAGUAGGGGAGACGAUGUGAAUAGCGGUGAUGAAUGCCCACCUGUUGAAGAAAUUCAGCCAGAACCCAGCACUUCUAGGGAGACUGCAGACUCCGAAUGGAAUAAAGAUGAGUCAUUGUGGAAGAAAGCUGUCCAAGAAGUAGAAGAGAAGUCGCGUGAGGAUGAAUUCGAAGAAUAUCUACAAGAUUUAUUAUUA